ACAAUAGUACUCGCAAUUAGGGUUUCUAGUUGUUUAAAACCUUUUUUUGAUCCGCUUUAUAGCUGCAGCUCCCAUCCCCUAAAAAUCCCUAAAAAUCAACAGUGAGGUGCAGGGAAAGAGAAAAUGGCGACAGUUCCAGGACAGUUGAUUUGGGAGGUAGUGAAGAAGAACAAUUGUUUUUUGGUGAAGCAGUUUGGAAGAGGAACUGCUAGCGUUCAGUUCAGCAAAGAGCCAAACAAUCUCUACAAUCUCAACUCCUACAAACACUCUGGGUUGGCAAACAAGAAAACAGUCACCAUUCAACGUGGGGGCAAAGACCAGUCUGUGCUGUUAGCAACGACCAAGACUAAGAAGCAGAACAAGCCUUCGAGCUUACUUCACAAGUCUGUCAUGAAAAAGGAGUUCCCUAGGAUGGCCAAGGCAGUCAAAAACCAGGUGACGGACAACUACUAUAGGCCAGAUUUAACAAAAGCAGCCCUGGCAAGGUUGAGUGCUGUCCACAGGAGUCUGAAGGUUGCCAAGUCUGGUGUCAAGAAGAGGAACAGACAAGCAUUGAAGAUCCAUUGCAGGAAUUGAAGAAAUUGCUUAGGGUCCAUUUGGAUUCUCAAUUGGUGUCGGUGUAGUGCAAUUGAUACCUCCAUCCUCACUGGUGAUCCAUUUGGAACACAUCCUUAUUGCCCGGUGGAGUUAUUUCCACUGAAACGUAGCCCCAAAUUCUGAGUGGAUAUUAACAGUUAGCGAAAAUUUUCAAUCUUCACUGCAGUUUUUCUUCUAAUUAUAUCCAUGUUUUUUUUUCUCUUAUAACUAUAGUGUAGGCAAAAAAAAUCCAUAUGUCCGUUUGGAUAAAUGGAAGGUAGGAUUAAUUUCGAUAAGGUUA